AUGACAUUAGUAUCGGUUUUAAGAGAAGUUGAUUCAGAGGAGAGACCUGCUAUGGGAUUUAUUUAUGAGUUAAUGGAUGUUGCAAAAGAGAAGACUGCUUUUAAUUGUGGAAAAGUUGAAAGAAAGUAUAAACCAAUUUGGAGAAGAAUAGACGAAAGAUGGGGCCUACAACUUCAUCAACCUUUACAUGCUGUUGGUUAUUAUUUGAACCCUCAAUUGCGUUAUGAAGAAACCUUUUCUAAUGGUAAUGAAGUGAGAAAGGGAUUGGAAGAUUGCAUGACUAGGAUGUUGUCUUUUGAGGAUUGUAUGGCUGCUGAUAUCCAGUUGGACUUGUAUGAUGAGGCAAAAGGAGAGUUUGGAAGUCGUCUUGCUGUGAAUUCAAGGAAACUACAAACUCCAGGUUAUAAUCUUUACUUUUUCAUUUUCAUUCGAGAAUAA